CCUUGUCUGUGUUCCCGACCUAACUCAUCACUCACCAACCCCUCUUCUUGUUUAUAUCUCCGACCAAACCAAGAAGAGGAACACUUUCAUAUCUGAAUAAUGGCGUCCAUUUCCAAUCUCCCUAAUCUUACACCCGCCACUUCUGCUGGCAGCUCCAGAUCUUCUUCUUCCUCCUCCGUCUUGCCAAGAUCCUUCAUCACUCUCCGCACUCUGAACUCGAAGCUUUCCUCUUCUUCUCAUCUCUCCCUUCGUUACAACCAAACAUCAAGACCUUCCCUCUUUGUGAGGUGUUCAGCUUCUGGUGGGAAUGGAAGUACUGCAGAGAGAACAACUCUUCACGAUCUAUAUGAGAAGGAAGGUCAGAGUCCUUGGUAUGAUAAUCUAUGCCGUCCUGUCACUGAUCUUCUCCCCUUCAUUGCCCGUGGCGUUAGAGGCGUUACUAGCAACCCUGCGAUCUUCCAGAAAGCCAUUUCCACUUCAAAUGCUUAUAAUGACCAGUUCAGGACACUUGUGGAAUCAGGAAAGGACAUUGAAAGCGCGUAUUGGGAGCUUGUGGUGAAGGAUAUUCAGGAUGCGUGCAAGCUUUUUGAGCCAAUCUAUGACCAGACGGAAGCUGAGGAUGGCUAUGUCUCCGUUGAAGUUUCACCUAUGCUUGCUGAUGACACCAAGGGGACCGUCGAAGCUGCUAAGUAUCUUCACAAGGUUGUGAACCGUCGUAAUGUCUACAUCAAGAUCCCUGCUACUGCUCCAUGCGUGCCUUCUAUUAGGGAUGUCAUUGCAUCUGGAAUCAGUGUCAAUGUCACGCUUAUAUUCUCAAUAGCCAGAUACGAGGCAGUGAUAGAUGCAUACUUGGAUGGGCUCGAGGCGUCUGGACUUGAUGACCUCUCAAGAGUUACCAGUGUUGCAUCCUUCUUUGUGAGUAGGGUGGAUACUCUCAUGGACAAGAUGCUUGAGAAAAUUGGUACACCAGAAGCUCUAGACCUCCGUGGCAAGGCAGCUGUGGCUCAAGCUGCAUUAGCAUACAAGCUGUACCAGAAGAAAUUCUCAGGGCCAAGAUGGGAAGCUCUGGUGAAGAAAGGUGCCAAGAAGCAGAGGCUUCUCUGGGCAUCGACAAGUGUUAAGAAUCCAGCUUACUCAGACACCCUUUAUGUAGCUCCUCUCAUUGGACCUGACACUGUGUCAACCAUGCCGGAUCAAGCCCUUGAAGCAUUCAUAGAUCAUGGAACGGUGAAGAGGACAAUAGAUGAGAAUGUGUCAGAAGCAGAAGGGGUUUACAGUGCACUGGAGAAGCUGGGAAUAGAGUGGAACAAGGUGGGAGAGCAGUUGGAAGAAGAAGGUGUAGAUUCGUUCAAGAAGAGUUUCGAGAGUCUGCUUGGUACACUGCAAGACAAGGCCAACACUCUCAAACUAGCCAGCCGCUGAAAGAAAAUAAAAAGCUUUUACUCACAGUUGUUUAUUCACACACAAUCGUACUCUUGUGUUCUUUGUUAUUCGUGUGUGUCGGUUUUUUUUACGGUGUCCCAGUUUACCUUAUUACCGAAAAAGAAAUUACCCAGUAAGACUAUACUUUCUCUGAUU